GUUUUUUUCACUUUACCAUAUAUAUUUAAUUUUGCAUAAUAUAAAAUGGUAGUACUAAGCGAUGCUGCACUAGCAACACAAACGUAAUUGCGCAAAAAGCUAUUUUGUUAGGGAAAAAAGAAAUCCAGGAAUCAAGACGAAAUGUCUUACUGAGUCCUAUUUAGCAUAAUAUCAUUUGUAGUAUUUGAUUGAGGAGUGAUAGUAAAUUGUUAACGAAGUAUACACUAAGUUUCAUAAUAACUGUUUCAAUACAUUACAUCUCCUUUGCAUUUUUACUCGUUACCAGAUCCCUAAAAUUGGUAUCUUCGGGGAUCGGAAACCGAAAUUUGCAUUAUUAAUUCGAAUAUGUCGAAUGAAGAUCUAUCAGGAGAAAUAGUACCAUUAUCAACAAAUGAGGAGAGAUCAGGGGUACUAGGGAAUGUAAAACAUAAUACUAAUCCUAAUAAAGUAACAUCAAUACUAGAUUAUUUAUCUCCUACUAAAGUUAUAAAGAAUUGUUCAGCUAAUCAAUUAGUGACAUUAUCUGGUGCAUCAGCAGGAUUUUUAGCUGGUGUAGUAGUAUGUCCAUUAGAUGUUGUUAAAACUAGACUUCAAGCUCAAGGAGAUUUAGUUAAAACUCAAUCAAAUUAUAAAAUCAAAUAUACUGGAUUUAUAGAUGCAUUUAAAACUAUAUUAAAAGAGGAAGGUUUAACAGGUUUAUAUAGAGGUUUAGUUCCAAUUACAGUAGGUUAUCUUCCAACUUGGACAAUUUAUUUUACGGUUUAUGAAAGAGCAAAGAAAUUUUAUCCUUCACUUCUAAAUAAUCAUCUUAAUAUUCAACAAGAAUCAUUAUCACAUUUUUGUUCUGCUUUAACUGCUGGUUUAGCAGCAUCUUUAGCUGUUAAUCCAAUAUGGGUAGUUAAAACUAGACUUAUGAUCCAAACUGGUAAGGGUCAAACCAUUUAUGAUCAUGCAGAAAAAUAUUCAAGAUAUAAAAGAACUUAUUAUAAGGGAACCAUUGAUGCAUUCAGGAAAAUGUAUCAUGAAGAAGGGAUAAGAGUAUUUUAUAGUGGAUUAGUACCAUCGAUAUUUGGAUUAUUACAUGUUGGUAUUCAUUUUCCAGUUUAUGAAAUGUUAAAGAAAUGGUUAAAAUGUAAUCCUGCUUUACACCCAAAUGAAGAAGAAUCAGUAUUGGGACGAUUAAUUAUUGCAUCUUCAAUAUCUAAGAUGGUUGCUAGUACAAUUACAUAUCCUCAUGAAAUUUUAAGAACAAGAAUGCAGAUUCAAGCCAUUAAACAGGAGGCAACAGCUCCUGGUAAAAAGAAUAAACACCGUAUGUUGAAAUCAAUUAUAAGGAUUUACAGAAAGGAAGGACUCAAGGGAUUUUACGCUGGUUAUGGAGUUAAUCUUAUUAGAACUGUACCUGCCAGUGCUGUAACAUUAGUUAGUUUUGAAUAUAUCAAAACUUAUUUACUUCAAUUGAGUGGACAGUCCACCCAAUAAAUAAAUUAUUCAUGCAUCUUUCAUCCCAAUAGCAUAUAUAUAUAUAUAUACAUACAUAUUCACAUCAUUUCUUCUAUUCACUUCGAUAUAUUCUACCUAUAGACAGUCAUUUACUUCUACACCCACACUGUUACCAUAUUUAUAUUUAUACUCAUAUUUAUAUUCAUUAUAUAUAUAUAUAUUGUAUACGUAUAUAGAUUAUGCCAU